AAAGAAAAGAGGGAAAAAUCCCACCCACCCUCAUCUGCUGCGGAAUAAAAGAAAUAUCGGCGGGCGCGGCGCCAUGUGAGCGACGGGCCGGGACCGGGCGGAGCAGCCGGCCGUGCCCCCCGGGACGGCGGGGCGAGCCCCGGGCGGCGCUCGGAGCCGGCGGCAUGGUGGAAAACCCCAGCCUGGCGGCCAAACCCGCCCUGCCGGCCGCCCCGCCGCGGGGGCCGGGGGCGGCGGGGGGGCUGCGCUUGGCGGCGGUGAUGGAGAGCCUGCAGCGGCAGCAGGCCGCCCGCCUGGCCCGCGGCCCCGACGGCGCUCCCCGACGGGCCCCGAUCGAGCCCGGCCCCGGCCCCGGGCCGCUGCCCGCCGCUCCCCGCCGCCGCCCGGCCCCCAGCCCGCGCCCUCCGCCCGCCGUCGCGGAGGGGGAGGAGGAGGAGGAGGGGGAGGAAGAGGAGGAGGAGGAGGAAGAGGAGGAAGAAGGGGAGCCCCGCGACCCGCCACCACCCCCACACCACGAGUGGACCUACGAGGAGCAGUUCAAGCAGCUCUACGAACUGGACGAGGACCCAAAACGGAAGGAGUUCCUGGAUGACCUCUUUGGCUUCAUGCAGAAGAGAGGGACGCCCGUGAACCGCAUCCCCAUCAUGGCCAAGCAAGUGCUGGACCUGUACACGCUGUACCGGCUGGUGACGGACAAGGGUGGCCUGGUCGAAGUCAUCAACAAGAAGAUCUGGCGGGAGAUCACCAAGGGCCUCAACCUACCUACCUCCAUCACCAGUGCUGCCUUCACCCUCCGCACGCAAUACAUGAAGUACCUGUAUCCCUACGAAUGUGAGAAGCGGGCACUCAGCUCUCCCGGGGAGCUCCAGGCCGCCAUCGACAGCAACCGUCGGGAGGGACGGAGGCAGACUUUUGGCACGGCACUCUUCAACUACUCACCAGCUGGCACCCCAACCCUGCUGGGCUCCCCCAAAAUGUCUCUGCCGGCUCUUAGCAUCUCCACACACAGCUGCAGCCAGCUUGGUCAAAUGCACGCUGUUAAGAAAGAGGAUGGCGUGCUGGCAGCAGCAGUGCCGGGGCGCAUCGCUAUCCCAGUGGGACUGGCUGGCCACCAUCUUGCAGCGGCCCAAGCAGCAGCCGCCUCGCAGGCAGCAGUGCUGGAGCAGCUGCGGGAGAAGCUGGAGACAGGGGAGCCACCGGAGAAGAAGGUGGCUCUGACGGCAGAGGAGCAGCAGCGGCUGGUGCAACACGCACUGCAGCACAACCUCCUGGCUGUGGCCUCCCAGUUCCCCAUGAAUGUCAAGAUCUCCAACCGAGAUGACAGACAGGAGACCGCACUGAACCUGUCCACCAACGGCAUUAGCAGUAUCAACAUGUCAAUAGAAAUAAAUGGAGUUGUCUACACAGGCGUCCUGUUUGCCCGCCGGCCUCAAGCCCCCCCAGCACCCGGUGGAGGGAGCACCCAGAGCCAGCCGAACCCCAUGCUUGCCCCGAACCCACUGCUCCCAGCCCCCUCGCACAGCCACACUCCCACCAGCACCUCACCGUAGGGGAGAUGCCCCCCCACUCUGAAAGUAGCUGGGGGUCCCCAGAGCCUGGGGGGCUGAGCUGUGGGACCCACCUGGGCUACCAGGGUGGGAUGAGGGACCCAAAGGUGCCUCUUCCUGCAAUACUGAGCUGUGUCUGUGCAAGGCUGUGAGCACCCAUGUGGGCUUUUUUGUCCCUUAUUCCUGCACGUGGGACCCCUUCCCCGACACACCUUCCUUCCCAGGUGCUGCCCCCAGGUCCUGUCCCCCCCCCAUACAGCUCCUGCCUGCCCUACUGCCUGAGGUACCCCUGGGCCCUGCAUGCUGCAUCCCCUACACACUGUAGCCCCUAUACACACCUCAGUGCCCUCACUGCAGCCCCUAUACACACUUCAUUGUGUACACCGCAUCCUCUGUGUUGCCACACUCAAUGCACACGCUGCAUCCUUUAUGUACUGUCUCCCCUAUACACGUCUAUGCACACUGCAUUCCUUAUACACACUGAAUGCAUACACUGCAUCCCCUACGCACACCUUUGGUGCCCGCAUUACUUCACCUGUGCACACCCUCAGUGUAAACACUGCAGUCCCUAUAACCCGUAGUCCCUAUACAGUGCAUAUAUACUGCACCCCCUACCCACUGCAGACUCCCCUGUGCAGUCCUCCUGAGCUGCCUGGACUUGCUGCCCCUGCCGAGACACCCCCAGGGUCCUGGGUGCAUCCUGGCCAAGCCAGGGUGGUAGCACCUCAGGCCCCCAGAUCCUCAACUCAGGGGUCACCCUGGGGGUCAGAUACUGGGGGGACUG